GGAAAGGAGGGGACGAGACCGAGGGUUAAGAGCAGUUUUUGUGAAUGAGGGAGAAAGCAGCAGCCGAAUCCGAGUCGAGAUGACGAGGAGAAAGGAAGGGGAUUGAGCUUUUCGUUCGCUCGCUCUGCCUGUGUGAUUCAUUCAAGUUUAUAAAAUUACACUGUUUCUUGUGUUUUGCCUGUUUUGCCACCACCACCACCAAAAUAUAAUCUCUCCUAGCGAGCAACAAUAAUAAAAGCGGACGCAGAGAUAAAUUCUGAGAUUAAUGUUACUUUCAAUAUAACCCCCGUCCCCACGUUAUUAUUCUUUCCGAAAGCAAAACGGGUAUGUGUUGAAGAGUGAAACGAGACUCCUAUAACUUGCUGAUCUUUGACAUCACGUUAUCCAGGAUCAGACAGACUAAAUUCAUACCAAAGUCUAGGAAAUACCCGACUCAUUCAAGGUCUGAAUUUCGAACAUACCUAUAUAGUGGAACCGUCCCAGCUGAUUGAUGUCAUUAGAUUUUGUUGACACAUUGAACAACCAAUAAAUGGAUUUUAUUCGGUCUACACUUAAUUCUUUGCCAUUUCCUCCUCCCCCUCCUCCACUAAACGUGGAAGACACGGUUGGCCUCUUGGAUGAAUUGGAUAACUUGGGACUGGAGUUUGACGGUGAUCUUGGUGGAGACAACAGUCCAACCGAACCUGUCACUGCACCACCAGAAAAUCAAUGGUAUCAUGGAAGACUUGAUCGCCACACAACAGAAGAAAGGCUUCGAACAGCUGGAAAACCAGGGAGUUACCUCGUGAGGGAGAGCGACAGAAAACCAGGUUCCUAUGUCCUGUCUUAUUUAGGACGUACAGGCAUCAAUCACUUUAGAAUUACAGCCGUGUGUGGUGAUUUUUAUAUUGGAGGUCGACAAUUCGAUUCAUUAAUGGAUCUUAUUGGAUUCUACACGAGUUCGGACUUGCUGAAAAAAGAGCGGCUAUUUUACCCAAUUCCGCCUAGUCCAAACUGUAACAUUUUGGAACCUGUCAAUGACAAGAAAAGAGUAGUUGCCAUACUUCCGUACACCAGAAUGCCAGAUACUGAUGAACUAAGUUUUCAAAAAGGUGACAUAUUUUUUGUUCACAAUGACAUGGGAGAUGGUUGGUUAUGGGUAACAGCACACAAGACUGGGGAACAAGGACUCAUUUUCAGAGAUUUAGUUGAAGAUUUGGAUGACAACAUUGACCCAAAUUCAUGCUUCAAAUGGUUUCAUUCCAAUGUCACGAAAGAAGAAGCUGUUGACAUGCUUGUCAAAGCCGGUCCUGGAUCAUUUCUCGUUAGACCAAGUGACAAUUCUCCUGGGGAUUAUUCCUUGUUUUUCCACAUCAAUAACCAGAUCCAAAGAUUUCGGAUUGAGAAGAAAGGAGUUCGUUACCAGAUGGGAGGGCGAGCAUUUGAUUGUCUUGAGUCGGUUAUUGACAGAUACCGAACCGAACAAAUUGUUGAAGGCCACACCUUAGGGCAUCCUGUUAAGAAGGGUCACAAUGAUGAAGGGAUUUAUGUGCCAAAGGAGGUAAAGAAUCCUGAAAAAAUUUACGCGACAUUGCAAGAAUGUCGCGAUAGUUGUGGGUUCAAAAAGACUGAAGUUUGCAAGAAAUCCGGUUACCUGUUUAAGCGGAAUGAUAAGAACAAAAAAUGGAAAUCCAUGUUCUUUGUGCUUCAGAUGGAUGGAACAGAUGUACACCUGCUAAUGUUUGAAAGUCCAAAAAGGACAAAACCCAAAGGGUUGGUUGAUCUUGGGUGUGCUUAUUUGUAUCCACUUCAUGACUCUUUCUACGAAAAGCCUUUUUGUUUUCAAUUGGUAGAAAGAGCUUUACCAUGUCUUGCAACUGUAACGUAUUUGUGCAGUCCUAGUCAAGACGAGCUUCAGGAGUGGCUUCAAAUAAUUAAACCAUUGUGUAUUCCUCAAAUGGCACGUGCGCCCAAAAUAGCACGCGUUCGAGAACUGAGAUGUUUGACUCUUGUAAUUCUUGAGGCUCACAGAUUACCUUACAAACUAGUGCCAAACCCUAUGUGUAUCCUCUCUCUGAACCAGGUUAAGGUUGCCAGAACUAAAGUCAAAACAGGAUAUGACCCUGUUUGGGACGAGGAUUUUACAAUCGAUGACAUUCCGCCAGAUGUAUUAACCUUCACUGUAACUGUAUUAAACAAGGGGAAAAGAGCAAAAGAUUCCGAAGUAGCUGAAAUCACUGUUGAUCUGAAAAAUUUGGCUAAUGGGGAAGAGAAAGAGGAAUGGCUUCCAUUAAGUGGGAUAACCCCAAUCGGAGAAUGGGGGUCUUUGCGACUGAAAAUUGGGUAUAGGAAUGAUCUGAUAAUGCCGAUUGAAGAAUACUCGCCGUUGAAAGGGUUACUACUUGAUUCCAAAAUGGAUGGUGUUCGAGCGUUGGCUGAUGUAUGUCAUUCCAGCGGACGAAACACCUUGGCCAAUUCUUUACUUCGAAUAUUCCGGUUUGAAAAGAAAGAAGCUGAUUUGUUAUCAGCCCUUGUAGAACAGGCCAUAUUCAAGGAGGCGGAAACAACUACUUUAUUUCGCUCAGACAGUUUGACAACGACGUUGAUGGAUUUGUUUAUGAAAAGUGUAUGCGAAGAUUUUCUGCGUGCUGCCGUUUCUGAUACAGUCAAUCGAAUCUUGGAAUCUAAACAAUCUUGUGAAUUAAAUCCAAGUAAAAUUGAACCUGGAGGUGACAACUGUGCAAAUGCAGAGUUACUUUUAGUCGUGUUGGACGAAAUUACUGAAAAUAUUUUCAUGGCUUACGAUUCUUGUCCCUCAACUUUGCGGUACAUCUUUGGUUGUAUGCAACGUGCCGCUAUGUCCAGAUGGCCUAAUGAACGACUGGUCAAAACAAGAGUCAUAUCAGGAUUUAUUUUCCUUCGUCUAAUAUGUCCAGCGUUGCUCAAUCCUCGCCAGUUUAACCUGGUUUCUGAACCACCUCCACAAAUGGCUGCAAGGUCUCUCGUCAUGAUUGCAAAAUGUCUACAAAAUUUGGCAAACUUAGUGGAAUUUGGUGGGAAAGAACCAUACAUGGAGGUGGUGAACCCAUUCAUUUUGAAAAACAAGGAACGAAUGGUAGUUUUCCUUGAUCACUUAUCGAACAAAAAGGAACGACCAGAACCCGAAGAAUAUCUUAAACUUCAAGGGGACCCCGCAAGGGACAUGGCAACUGUACAUCACAUUUGCAUGAACCACUUUAAAGAUUUACAGAACCUCAGCAGAGUCCAGCCUACCAUCAAGAAGUUUGUUACAGUGACCGAGAUGUUGAAUAAACAUAAACAAAAGUAUCGUGAAAUGAUCCGGACCUAAAGGCAGAUGCGUACAAAAUUGAUCGGCAUCGGAUCUAGGGAACGAACAAUAUACCAAUCGGAUAUUAUUAGUGACUGGCUCUAGACGCAAGUUCUUGAAUAUUUAGUCUCUUCUUCUUGAAUAAUCUAAGGAUGUGUAAAUGCACGGUUGUUUCCUGUCCUUGCUCACCGUAUCUUAGUGUUUAUAUGCUCCAAUUUGCCAUUUGGAUGAGUUUUGUUUUGUAAUUUAAUUGUAGUUGUCUCUUUUAAAUUAGGCAACUUGUUUUUUUCAAUCAUGACAAUUUAAAUUUAAUCCGUUCUUCGAAUAUUUUAAAAUUUAUACCAAAUGUGCUCAUCGAUAGUGUAAAGAGCUAAUUGCGGAAUUAGAAUUUACUACAUAUAUACAUGAUCUACCAAAAUAAGUCACUAUUAAUUAAUAAUUACUUGUAUAACUAAUUCUAGAAAUAUGCGAAUGAUUCGCUUCGUAAGCUCGACUAUGCAUGUUCCCAUUUUUAUAUUUAGUGUUAAUGAAUAAAUACACACUUUGGUCGGAAAA